UGGUGCUGUGGCGUCGCCCGGGGUUUCCUGUUGCUGGAUUGGCCUUGAGUUCAAAGGGACGACCUGGACGGGAUGCCGAGAGGCAGGAAGAAAGAAAACAUCCCUCCUUUUCUGAGCAGCUAUGUGGCGUCUGAGCAAAGAAACGUUCAGAGAAACAUCAACAUCAAUCUGUACCUGUCCACGGAAAGGCACGUAGCAGCCGACUCCGUUGUCCGCAGGUCAGACUGCGGAGGAGCGAGUGCCCAGGGGAGAAAACGGGCUGCGUUCACGGAAAAGGGAAGCAAUGACCUGCAGCAACACCGUGCGGUUCAGACCAACCUCUCUUGCCCUUAUUGGCCUUUCCAGGACACCACUGGCGUCUCUUUAUCCAAACGGCAAAGCAACCUUGCGCCGAAACUGCAGAGGGGUGCAUCUGGAGACUCAGAGUUUACCAGCGAUGCACCGACUCCAUGCCUCUCUCUCUGCUCAUGCUCAGAGCAGCUCGGUUUAGAGGGCAACCCUCCGAGCCACCUCUCGAGUCGAAGCCGCGAUGUCUCUCAUGCUUGCGGCACCCUCUCCGAGAACAGGAUGGGAAACGAGGACCAAUAUGGAUCAAAAGCAAGCCAUGUCUGUGCGUCGAGAAGAAUCUGUGGGCAUCUCGGGGACUGCAGAGGUUGCUUCUCUCCGGCCGAAUUGUCCGUGAUAUCGUCUCCUGGCUCUGUUUCCUGCCGGUGUCCUCCUACGAGCCCCGGGAGAAGCGACGACUCUUUGCAUCGUGGGCCAGGCCUUACGUUGGACCAUUUGAACUCUUCGACCUUGGCGGAGAGCACUCGGUCUUCUGCAGCGCUCCAGACCCUCUUGAAGUCUUCCCGGACGUCUGCCGACCUGCACAGCUCCCUCCGGCAGCUCAAGCGAGAAGCCGCCUCGAUGGGGGCUUUGGGCUCCUCCCCCUGGGAGUCCAAGCGUCCUCCUCUCCUUUGCCAACCGCUCCGCAAUCCUCGGAUCUCCGCCUCGACUGUGCUGAGUGCCAUGGAGCAUCUCGCGGCAGGAGAGAGCUACGCCAGGCAGGCCAGCGUUAAAUGGCGAGCCCCUUUCCCCAGGGACUGGGGUGGCACUUCCACCGUGGGCAAACCCAUCUCCGUUGUCUACAGGUGCGGAAACGCUGGGUUGCAGACAUGCCCAACGGAGGCCUUGGACCAGUCAGGUUUCCGUGCCGGCGUUGAUCUCACCUCGCUGGGACUUCAGGGAGAAGACCGCUAUUCCGAAACCUCCCUUCGCUACCUCGAAUGUUGCUCGGGCGGCGCAUGGCGGACUCCGGAAAGAACGGGUGAAUGCGGCUGUUCCAAAACCCGCUGCCACCAAAGGGCGGCUGAUCCGGAAGAGAUUACCUCCGGAGAGUUUCGUCGCUCCGAGUUGAGUCUCUCGGAGCAUGCCUUGAGUCUCCUUUCCUUUGACAGCUUGGAGGUCUCCCUGGAGGCGUUGUGCGCCGAUCCUCCGGCAAACCUGGGGUCUCCUGUGUGCGUCAGCCUGGUGGUGCAUUCUCCUGCGUGCCAGUUUAGGAACGGCGCCCAGGAUUCUGACGUCUGCGAAGCUGGGGGCGAACCAGGAGAGGACAGCGGGGGGCCCACACUCUCCGCAGAGGAGCACGCUGCGGAUCUGCCCCAUUGGAAGCUCAGCCGCUUUGGAGAACAUUGGCAGGCUGCCGAUAGUACAGGUGCGGCCGUUGUUGGGAGAAGUGCCAACGGUUCCCCGAAUUGCACGGCCGACGACUGUGGGCCUGGUGCGGAAAAUGGUCAGGGAGGAGGGCCUUCAGUGGAACAGACCGGGAAAAGGACCACAGCAUUGUACGACGAGGAGAUCAACAACGCGUUGGAUGAUAAGCAAAAGGAGGACCUGGAAAGAGAUGUUGAAUUGAUGGAGAGGAAGAGAAACAGGCCUUUGCCCCAGAGGGUGGACCCCCAGCUGGAGAAAUGCUUUGUGGCCUGGCGCAAGCACGUCUCUGGGAAGACGGCCGCUGCCCGGGCUCUGUAUGAGCACCAGCUGUUGCGCAAGGGGCUUGCUGCCCUGCGGUGGGCCGUGCAGUUAAGGAAGGACCAAACAGGCAUUGCCCAGAGGAACCACAUUCUGGCGGUGCUGGCUGCCAGCUUCCAAAGGUGGCAGGAUGCUGUGGCAAAGCAGCGGAAGGCCCAAUCUUUCCAGCAACAGGAGGUGGCGAGCCCCGGCAGAAGCCCACUGGCAACCCCAGGAAAAGGGGGAGUAAGGAUGUCCCCCAACCCUUGCCACCUACCUGCGGAACACCUGGAAGACGCCGCCCGGUACAGCAGGGCAGAGGGAAAUCUCUGGACGCAGCUUCGUCGCCAGCAGGGAGGGGGCGAGACCUGCAGAAAGGCGGCGGCUUUACGGGAUGUGAGGCGCCUGGCUGCUUUCAGAUUGUGGCGCCUUCAGAAGGAGCGUCUGGAGAAAGAGGAGAUUCGCGCCCAGGAAGCUCUCGCCCUCCUGGAGAAAAAGAGGCUGGCGAGCGCGUUUGAGGCCUGGCGUUGCCGCUACAGGGCAGUCCAGCGGAUCCUGCCGCUGGUGGCUCAGGUGCAGAGAGGGCUGCUGAGCCGCUGCUUCCAGGCCUGGAAGUCCGUCGCCGACCGGGAGGCGCUAUGCAGGCACGGCAGGGAAUGCCUGCGGCUCGAAUCCCUGAGGGUGUAUUUCCAUCAAUGGACGCUGAUGAUGCAAGUCCGGGAAAAGGCCAGGAAGACUCUGCUGGAGCUGUGGGCCUUGAAGCAGAGGAGAACCCACGGGAACAUGGAUGCAGCUGAGAAGGUUCCUGCAGCACAAGCGAGGUGGUCCCAAAAGAGUGGCGCCGAUGCUCUGGACGGCUUCUACCGCGCGUUAACGUUGCAGCAGGCCUUCCGGACUUGGGAAUCGAGGUGGCGGGAAUCCCAGCAGGCAACCGCUUUCCACCGAGUCUCAGAAAGGCGGCAGCUGAGAGAAGCUCUUGGGCUCUGGCGCCGGAAGACCCUCUGCCUGCAUCCUCUUGAACUCGGCCCCGGGGACCUCGCUGAGGACCAUCUCCUUGCGUCGCCGGAUUCAGAGGAGUCUUCCCUGUCCUCUGGUUUCCAUAGCAAUGUGCCUGCCCCGCCUCUCUCCGGCGGUUCGCUGGACAAGGAAGGCAGCUCGGAGGAAAGUAGCCAGGCUAGCACCUCCUCAUCGUUGACGAUUGAAGACUCGGGGCACCUUCCUCAUCACGGCUCCCCAUCUCCCAGCCAUUUCCCCAGUGGCUCGCAAGAUCUCGCUGCUGCAGAUCUCCUCAUGCCAGCGCCCUUCCCUCUGGGUAAUGGACACACCCAGGAUCGGAGGCAGCUGCUGGCGAAAUGUUUUGCGUUUUGGUCGGCCAGGACCAUGCAGAACCUGAAGGCAGAGCAACAAGGCAAGCUGGCUCUCCUCUCCAGGUGGAAGGCGGAGUUCCUGAGAGCUGACCGGCGACGGAAAGAUGAACGCCCACGGCGGAGACCAGCGGGGUACGGGGCGACGUGGCGAUGGAGGAAAGCGAUCAGGGGGUCCUGGGCUCUGCGUUUUAGUUCCGUCAGCCAGGCCAGCAGCUACUGGACGAGAGCGGCUACCUUCUGCCAGUGUGUCCGACAGCAGAGUGGCUUCAUUGGAGCCUGGAAAUUCCUGAAAGUGCCCCUUCUUUGGCCAAGCAGGCGCAGGCGGACGAGCGAGGAGGCUCCUCAGCCAGGCUUAGCCAUCCAUUCCAGGCUGACCUGCAGCUCUUUCCGUGUCUGGCUGACGCUCUAUAGAUGCCAAAGCAAAACCCUGGGGCCACAGCGGCUCCCCAUGCAUCUGGAGGCAGUAGGACAAGGCAGCAGACAUGGGUGGAACCAGGAGACCAGGCCUGAAACGACCCCAUCCAUGGUGGGCAGGAGGUGGCUUGGGAGGAAGUAUUUGGCACGGUGGAGACACUACGUCCUCCUGCACCGAUUCCAGCACAGAAAGGAGAAGCAGCAACUGGCAAGGGCAUGGAUGGUUUGGAAGGAUAGCUGCCAGACAGAGCUGGCAGUGCAAGCUUUGGUGAGACAGAGGCUGGCGCAGUGGAGCUGGGCGGUCUGGAGGCGGCGCUGCCUGCAGAGCUGGGUGGCCGAGCGUUUCCUGGCGGGCGAAGAGAGGCAGCUUCUCGAGCAGGCUUUUGGAAAGUGGCGGCAGCUGAUGGCCUCCAGUUCAGAGGGCAGAGGUGACUUCUAGCAGGCCGAAACAUGCUUUUUAAGAUUUCCGGGGCAGCGAGUGAGUCUGCAGGCAAAAGGAAACGGCAGCUUUCCACCAUUUUGCCUGUAAAAGCCUUGGCAACUGAACAUUCUCCAGCCUAUCAGAUUACCACUUGGAA